AUGAAGGUGAAGAUGAAGAAGAAGGUUCUGGUGAAAAAGAAAAAAGGUUCGCUCAAGAAGCAGGCCGCUCCUGCUGCUCAAGAGACUGUCGCGCCUUCCAAGACUACUGCUACCAAGACUAGGCAGGUUGCGGACAUUGCACCCGUCCACUUAAUACAAGAAGAGAAACAAGUGGCAGCAGAUGAAAAUGGUGCAAGCGAAGAUGCUGACAUGGAAAGCGAUGAGGAAGGUGCGGCAUCUACUGGAGACAACGAUGACAUCGACGAAAUGGAUGCUGAUGAUGUCGUUCCGGUUGAGCAGAAAAACCAGCAGAAAGGCGGUUCUUCGUCCUCCACAGGCUCUUCUUCAAAAGUAGAUUCUAAUGAAUCCGAAAACGCAAAGCAAGACAUCGAAAACGCAACUUUUGCCUCGCUCGGCGUGUGUCCGGAACUUUGUCAGGCGGUCGAGGUUCUCGGAUGGAAGCAGCCCACGGAAAUCCAGCGUGUCAGUAUUCCCCCGGCACUGGAGGGCAGGGACAUUAUCGCGCUGGCGGAAACGGGAAGUGGGAAGACCGGCGCGUUCGCACUGCCGAUCGUGCAGGCAUUGCUGGACAAACCACAGCGGUUUUUCUGUGUGGCGCUGAGUCCGACGCGAGAACUGUGCGUGCAAAUCGGGGAACAGUUCAAGGCACUCGGUGCAGCGAUCUCAUUGCAGGUAUGCGUGCUGUUGAUGAAGAUACAAAAUGCGGCUGCUUUUUAAUUUUCUGAAUCAUUCCGUACGGUUCUCGUUUUUCAGUAAAUUAUGCAAGAAACGAAAAUGUUCAUCCGAUAAAAAAUCGAUUUUCAAUAUGACACCUUCAUCAGGUUUGCGUAAUUCUCGGUGGCGUCGACAUGGUGACGCAAGCUCAGCAGCUGGCCCAGCGGCCGCAUGUUGUGGUCGCGAGUCCGGGUCGGCUUGUGGACCACUUGGAGAACACAAAGGGGUUUCACCUCCGCACGCUCCAGUACUUGGUCAUGGACGAGGCGGAUCGGCUCUUGUCCGAAGAUUUCGAAGAAGCGCUGGACAAGAUUUCGCUGGUCGCCAACCCGAAGGAGCGGAAGACCUACCUUUUCUCCGCCACCAUGACCAGCAAGGUGGCCAAGCUGCAGCGGGCGUGCCUGAAGAAGCCGGUCAAGUUGGAGGUCUCGUCAAAGUACGGCACGGCCAAGGGGUUGAUUCAGAACUAUCUUUUCCAGCCGCUGAAGUACAAAGCGGCGUGGUUUGUGGCGCUGGUGAACCACUUUAGCAACUACUCCAUGAUGGUGUUUUCCGACACUUGCAAGGAAACGCACCGCAUGGCCUCCAUUCUGCGGGAGCUCGGCUUCUCAGCUGUGGCCCUGCACGGACAGAUGCCACAGGUUCAACGACUCGGGGCACUGAACCAAUUCAAGAGCGGGCAAAAAAAGAUCUUGGUAUAAUACUUAAACUUUUUUUUUGAAUCUUGUUGCGCGAAAUUAGAAUUUAUUGCAUGGCACACUUUCUGAAGUUGAGUACUAUCUCUGUCUUCCAUGAUCGUCCUGCUUGUGACAAAUAAAUCCAAAAAACAUCACUUACCAGAUCGCUACGGACGUUGCUUCCCGAGGUCUGGACAUUCCGUCGGUGGAUGUCGUCAUAAACCUGGACAUUCCGAAGAACAGCAAGGACUACGUGCACCGCGUUGGUCGAACAGCGCGCGCCGGGCGGGCGGGCCGCGCCAUUACUUUCGUUACACAGUACGACGUCGAGGGCUUCCAGAAAAUCGAAAACUCGUUGGGCAAAAAACUCCCGGAGUUGCAGGACGUCCGGGAGGAACAGGCUUUGGCUUUUCACGACCGAGUGCAGGCGGCCUGUCGCAAAGUCGACCUCGCGGAACGCGAAGAGCGUGAGGAGGGCGGGGGUAAGGGGAAAAAGAAAAUGCUGCAGCAUUAUUCCUCCAAGAAGCACCGGGGAAAAAGGAAGUGAACUUGUUGUUUCCAUCGAAAAGAUGCUCCGCACUCUCUGGAUCUUCUCUUGUUGCGACGCGACUUUCUGAAACACUGCAUUUUAGAACGACAAAACUAACGAAUUCAAUUAUAAUGCGAA